CUGAUGGCAACGAUUUCACAACAACAACAACAACACCAAUAACAUUACGCAAAUGAACAGCAACAAUGCAAUGAAUAAUAAAUAAACGAAUUAAUAAUAAACAAAAAACGAAAACGAACAGCAAAAAGGAAAAACAACUUGAAAUUCAACAAGCAACAACGAGCAACGACGUCGGCUAUUUAUAGCGUAAAUAUAAUUAAAUUAAUUGUAAAUAAAUGUGAAAACGCACACAGACAAACGCACAGCAGAUAAACUGUUUAAGAGCGAAAUCAACAAAACGAAAUAAUCAAAUAAAUAAAUAAUAAAUACCAAAUAUAAUAAAUAGGGCGAAAAAGCGACAAACGAAACGAAAACGAGAAACGAAAACGAAAAUCAAAUGUGUUCAGCAACAACCAGCAACUCGUAUAAUUUAGCGAAUUUUUUGUGGUGCCAUUUGCGUUGCGUAUCGCAACAAGUAAAAUAAUUAAUUAUAGAUAAAUGUGUGCUCGACAGAUAGAGCGAGCGAGUGCGGCGAGUGUAACGUCGAGCGUUUAAUAAAUGGACUGCAUUAUAUAAAUGAGCUUUUAGUUUAAUUAAUCACUAAAUAAAUAACAACAAUUAAAGCGAACAACAACAUUCGACGUUCAUGUGCAGCACGUGCCGCAACGCUUCACUGUCUCUGUCUCUGUGUGUCCAUGACGCCACAUGCCACAUGACGCAUGGCAGCAGUAGCAACAACAACAACAACGAGAUCAAUUGAACGCCUAGCCACGCCCCACUUAGAAGUUAAAGAUCGCUGUUGUCAGUGUCGCCGCGAGUCGCAUUGCUGUUGCUGUUGUUAUUGCUGUUGCCGCUGUUGCUGUAAUUCAUUCUGGCCGCCCCAAUACAACAACUGCAACAACAACACCAAAAACACCAACAGACCAGCAACGAGCAACGCCACGCCAGCGAACCGAACAACAACAACAGCAACAACAACGCCCAAAACGAAGUCGGCGGCGCCACCACAAGCGUUGGCGCCACCAACGUCCCAACCAACAACGUCCCCAACAGCAGCAGCAGCAGCAAUCCCGGCUGCAGCAACAGCAACACCAACACCAAUCAAACAAUCUGCAUUAACAGCAACAACGGCGGCAACGGCAGCGGCGGCGGCGGCGGCGGUGGUGACGGAGGCAGCAACAGCAGCAACAGCGUUGCCCCCGAUCCCAAGAAAUCCUUCUCGCUACACUGCUGUUGCGUGAUCGUCGACAUUACACCUGUCUCACAUCCGGUGGCACGCCUGACAUCCGCAACAACGGCCUCGGGAAAGGAUGCGGGAGGCAGCGGGGGAGGAAGUGGAGGCGGAAGCGGACUCGGACUUGGCGAGAAUGUCUCACAGCUGGCGAGUCAACUGUUUCGCUUCGGCAGCAAGAAACGCACCGGCGUCUGCAUCUGCAAUGCCCAGUGUCGCCUCCAAUCGCUGGGCGAAGGUGCCACGCUUAAGACCACACAUCACGGCUCCCUGGAUCGCCUGCUCCAGCAGCAACAGCAGCUGCCACCCUCUCAACAGCAGCAGGGAGCGAGCGGAGAGCGUUCCAUAAGCUGGGUGGUGGAUGGCGGCGGUGGCGGUGCUUUGCUCACUGCGGCUAGCUCCGAUGAGAGCGAGGAGAAGCAACAGCAGCAAAAGAAGCAACAACAGUUGGAGGAGACGCCACCACGUCCGCCGACGCGCGCCAAGCACAGCGUCAAGGAGGAAUUCGAACGCGGCGUCGAGGUGGAAAAGUUCUAUCACCAGAUCAACGGCGACAUCUUUGAGAUCACACGCCGGGUGCGCGCACGCGACGAGGACACCAUGGAGCAGAAGUGCAUCAAGCGCAAGGGUUCGGUGCGUCUGACCGAGCCGCACUAUGUGCGACUGCCAGCUGAGCAGCAGCCAAAGCCACAACUGCCGCCGCGACGUCAAAAGAGCGCCGAGGAAGUUGCGAUGCCCAAGAGCGCAUUGCGCCAAGCGCAAGCGGCACCGGAGCAACUGGAAUGGUUCGAUCGCAAGGCGCAGCAGCGUCACUCAGCGCGGUCAGCUGAGGGUGGACAGGUGCGGGAGGAGACAAUGGAGUGGCUGAAGCUGCAGAAAAGUAGCGCAGCACAGCAGCAACAGACGCCAGCUCGUACCUCUUCAGGACCGAGUGAAAUCACCGUGAUGAAGGAUGAACUACCCGAAUGGCUGCUGGAGCAUUUGCCCAGGCAACGCGAGCGCGAACGUCAGUCGAGCAGCGGCGGUGAGAAACCUGUGAGCUCAGCCUAUGCCAAGGCUUUGGCGGAGCUGCUAAAGAAGCCGCUGUCACGUCAGAGUUCGGGACCCUGUGAAGUGUCGCUGCUGAAAACCGACAUAGUCGAGUGGCUGACCAAGAUGCAAGUGUCAGCAGCGGGUAGCAGCGGUGGAAAAUCGCGUCGCUCGCAUCAUCGUCGCAAUGGCAGCAGCGGCGCAGCACCGCGGUCCAAUUCGCAGGAAGAUCAGGCGCAAGGCGGCUCGGAGCAUGCGGCGCUGCAACGUAAGCGACAUUCGCUGGGUCACAGCGGCGCCGACAGCGGCGAGGAACAGGUGUUGCAGUUACAACAGCUGCAGCAACUCGAUUGGAUUGCGUAUCCGCUGCACAAGCUGCAAUCGCUGGGCAAACAGCCACCGCCGCCGACGCAACAGACGGCAACCAAUGUGCCCAGUGGCUAUGAUGUGCCCGUGGCAGCGACGCAUACGCCGCUGUGCCAGGAGCAGCGAAGACGUGAGGAACGCUCCCGGGAGCGUCGGUUGCGUCACUCGGCCAGCGAGGUGGUGGGCAGCACGUCGGCGGCCGUGACGUCCACGGCGCAAUUAGAAAGACUCUAUGCGAAGCCGCACAAGGAGCGCUAUCAGUAUGUGCCCAAGGUGACGCCGCCCAAGGAGCAGCAGCAACAGCAGCAGCAUCCGAAGUCCAAGCGCGAGCGUUCGCGUCGCCAUCAGACGCAACGCAGCGCCACCGUCACCGAGAUGUCGGUGCAACGUUCGGGUGGCACAGCGCCAGCCCAGCACGUGAGCAGCCACCACUCGAAGCGCAAGUCCUCGAGUGCGGAGCGUGCGCCCCGCUCACGCUCUCCGUCACCGUGCACCGAUCCCGCCUGUCCGCUGCUGCCGAUCUGCACCGAUCCCCACUGUCGCUACCAGGAAUGCCAACGACAGCGUCGCUGUCUCACCUCCAGCGCCAGCUCUGUGAAUCUGGCGCGUCACCAGCAGCUGGCUCAGGUGCAGCUGCAUGCGGUGCCCGCGCAUCUGAUGGGACACGGUUCGGAUGUGACGACGCCAUCGACAACAGCAACGCCACCGCCACAACUGCCGCUGCCGCCGCCGCAGACAACCACGACGGUGGUGUCAGCCACAUCUGUGAUUCCCGGGGAGCGUCGUCUGGUCAUCUGUCACGAGUGCCGUUCGUGUCCGCCGCUGAUCAGUUGCCAGAAUCGCAAAUGCCUCAAUGCCGCCAAGUGCAACUCACUGCCUCGCUGUGCCGCCGACUUUAAUCGGUUGCGCACCUCGCUCGCCCAACCCCCAGCCACCUUGGACGACAUUGAGCCGGCGCCCCUCCACGACCUCGAUCACGAUCAUGAAAUCGAUCUGGAAAUGGAGCUGGAGCAGCAACCGUUGCCGUUGCUGCCCAUGCAACAUUAUCGCAGCAACUCGCAACCGAAUACGUUGCAACGCGGCGACUCCACGGCCUCCAGCUCCAUCAUGGCUUGCACUUUCGGUAUGGAGCCGAUUAAUCUGCCACCUGCAUCGCACACAGCCUUAGCGCAUGCUCCCGCCCAUCAUUUGCAUCAUGUGCUGGGCAAUGGCAAUGGCAAACUGAUGAAAUCCGCAUCGGCUGCAUCGUUGAAUUCGCGUCGCAGACGCCACAAGACCGUGCACUUCGGUGAGAAUCUGUUACGCGAGGUUUGCCAGAAUCGCAAGCUCAUCAAAACCGAGCAAGUGCCAUCGGGUUCGGCACCGAUGCAGGCCAACAUCCAGAUGUUGUACAACUUUGUCGAGGGCGUGCUCAGUGCCUGGGUUGACGAUGAUGAGGAUCAGGUGCGUUCGGGCGCCGAAUCGGAACCGGAGCACGGCCUUGUUGCCCUCCAGCCCAUCCAUCGUUGCAAUCGGUUGCGGUAUCAGUGCAUUCGUCGCGUUGUCGAGGAGGCGGCUGAUCUGCAGGGCACCCUCAAGCUGGGCAACUCGCGCUAUCGCCAUCGCCACUGGCGCAGCACUGCCAAGCAGUGCAACGAAAUGUUCCUUCGCAAGAUUUCGGACGAUGAUCGAAUGAGCCUAACUACUGCCGUUUCGGAUGAAGAUGAUGGCGAAAGUGUCAUGGCGUCACCAUAUAAAGCAAAGGCCACUGGCACCGCUGCAUCCUCCUUCAAUUGCACGGGCGCUGUCCGCAAAGCUGGCUUUCUAUCGGUAAAGAAAUGGUUACUACGCAAGAAGCAUCAAAUCGAGCUGGCCCGCAAGCGCGGCUGGAAGGGCUAUUGGGUGUGCCUGAAGGGGACAACAUUGCUCUUCUAUCCGUGCGAUUCGCGAGAGGGUCGCAGCGUCGAGGCGGCGCCCAAGCAUUUAAUUAUUGUCGAUGGGGCAAUUAUGCAGCCGAUACCGGAGCAUCCGAAGCGCGAUUACAUAUUCUGUCUGAGCACCGCGUUCGGUGAUGCCUAUCUCUUCCAGGCGCCUUGUCAGGUGGAGCUGGAGAAUUGGGUGAAUAGCAUACACAGCGCCUGUGCCGCCGCAUUUGCACGUCAUCGCGGUAAAACGGGCACACUGCAUCUGCUGCAGGAGGAGAUCUUUCGCCUGGAGAAGGCCAUUGAAUCGGAUCACAAGCUGAAGCACAUGGCUGAGCUGCAGCAAUCAGUUGUCACCGAUCAGGAGACACGCCAUCAGAUACAGACACAGAUACUACAAUGGGAGGAGAACCUCGAGCGCUUGCACUGCGAACAGUUUCGACUACGCUGCUAUAUGGCUUCGCUGCAGAGCGGCGAGUUGCCCAAUCCAAAGUCGCUGCUCACACAUGUGUCACGUCCCACGAAGAACACUUUAAACAAGCUGGGAGUUUUUACGGUCUCCUCGUUCCAUGCCUUCAUCUGUGCCCGGUCGCCAUCGCUGCUCAAUAAUCUGUUGGCUGGACGUGGUGCCACCAAGCGUCGACCACCGAUGUUGUCGCGCUCGAAUAGCGGCUCCAGUCGUCGCUCCAUGCAGAUGAAUUCACGUGACGAGCCGGAAAAAACCUUCAAAGUUGCAAUGCCCGACAAUGCUUACUCGACAGUUUAUCUACGUGACGCGAUGUCUGUGGAGGAAUUCCUUGCCAGCGCCUGCGCCCGUCGCAGCCUCAAUCCCAUGGAGCACUUUGUGCGCGUCAAGAAGCGACGUGACAUGGAGGAUCACAAUUACUUUGUGCCACAUCGCAAUGAUCUGAUUGAAAAUUAUCUACAUAAUCACGAGUUUGUCGAGGUCUGCAUGAAAAUACUGUACCAGGUGGAGUUGCAACGCACCACGUUGGAACAAAUGUGGGGCUUCUCCGUGGAGGCGGAGCUGAUCGAGAAUGCGGAGCGACAGGACGAACUCUGCUGCUAUGUGAGCCGCGUCGAGGACAAGAGCGUUGCCAUGCAUAAUGGCAUUAUCAAAGGAGACGAAAUAAUGGUCAUCAAUGGUGCGAUUGUAUCUGAUCUAGAUAUGAUGUACUUAGAGAGCGUCCUGCAGGAGGAGCAAUCCCUCAGCAUGAUGAUGCGCUCGUCGCGCACCGAACCCCCAGAUCUAGUGGGCAUCAUGCGUGUCACGGAUGACAUGAUUGACUCCCUGGUGUGCCCGCCGCCGCCAACUGAUCCGCCGGUGAUGAGCGAGGAGAUGAUAACUGGACUGAUUGUGCCAGCGCCCGGUUGGAAUGGCACUGGCAAGGAUUUGUAUUCACCGGAGGCGGAAAGUUCGCCGGCGCCCUCAUUUGUGGAGCCAACAGUAUCGCAAUUGGCUGUGGGUGCUGGCGGUGUCUCGGGACUGGGCGUGGCCAAGCCCACAUCGCGCACCAGCAGCUUUGAAAUUGAGAAUCUGCUCAAGACCGCGGAGCAAGUUACCGGAUUUUGUCGUUCACCUCAGGAAACGCGCAAAUCGAGCCCCACGGGUUCAGUCACAUCGUCGGUCUCGACCACAGCGCUGACACCGUCACGCCAGCUGACCGAUGCGGAGAAGCUGCGCAAAGUCAUCAUGGAACUGGUGGACACGGAGCGCACCUAUGUGAAGCACUUGAACAAUCUACUGGAACACUAUCUGGAGCCCAUGAAACGGGAAACAUUUCUAUCGAAUGCGGAAAUCAAUGCGCUCUUUGGCAACAUACACGAAAUUGUCACAUUCCAGCGACAGUUUCUGCAGAAUCUCGAAGAGGCGCUCGAACUUGAGCCCGAGUUCAACAAAUUCGAGCAUUGCGGUCAAUUUAGGAAUGUGCUGUUUGCGAUUGGAUCCGCUUUUCUCUAUUAUGUCAAUCACUUCAAGCUCUACUCCUCGUUCUGUGCCAGUCACAGCAAGGCGCAAAAGGUUCUGCAUCCAAAUGAGGGCAACCAUGCACUGCAGGAGUUCCUGGCUGCGCGCAAUCCCAAGCAACAGCACAGCAGCACCUUGGAAUCGUAUCUGAUCAAACCCAUUCAACGCAUCCUCAAGUAUCCAUUACUGCUGCAGCAGAUGCGCAAUCUGACAGACACUCGGGCCGACGAGCACGUUCAUCUAUGCGAGGCACUCAAGGGCAUGGAAAAGGUGGCGGAGCAUAUCAAUGAAAUGCAGCGCAUUCAUGAGGAGUAUGGCGCCAUAUUCGAUCAUCUGUUCCGGCAGCAUCAGAAGUCAUGCAAGCAGCCCAUCGAUUUGAGUCCAGGCGAUUUGCUCUACUACGGCGGCGUCGAGUGGCUCAACAUCUCUGAUUUUCUCGGCAAGAUCAAGAAGGGCCUGGAGCUGCAUGCCAUGUGCUUUGUCUUCAAAUCGGCCGUUGUCUUUCUCUGCAAGGAGCGUUUGCGUCAGAAGAAGAAGCUAAUGGGUGUCUCGAGCAAGAAUGCUCCCAAUGAGGUAGAGAUCAUACGCUACCAGGUGCUCAUCCCAGUCACCGAGGUGCAAGUGCGUGCCAGCUCGGCCAAGGACAUGGACUCGCACUUCCUGUGGGAGCUAAUACACUUGCGUUCGCAGUUGCAGCGUCGCUCUGAGAAGGUCUACGUGCUGUCCAACAGCACCGCCGACUUCCGCAAUGCAUUCCUCAAGACGAUCCGACAGAUCAUACGCGAAAGCGUACGCAACAUGUCAAUUCCCAUGAAGAACUUUGGCGGCAGCUCUGGCUCCGUGUCUGGACUCUCUUCGCAGCUGGGCGGCUAUGCGGGCAACUCACAGACUCUCGAAAGACCCAAGCAACAGAUUACCAUUGUGCAUGGUUCGCAUACGCUAGGCAAGCCGAAGAAGAAGUCGGGUUCGCAGCGUCACUCGGCGGGCAACAUCGAUUACGACAAUCUGUCGGGCAGCCAGGAGGGCGAUGAUCUGCCCCCCACUGUGGGCGUGGUCCACUAUGCCCCGCACACACAGCAGCAGCAACAGCAACCAGGUGGCAACGGUGGCGGCUUUCGCGGUCGCAGCAAGACCCUCGGCGAUGUCACAGAUAUCAUUCAAUCCCCCGUAGAUUCGCAGCAGCCACCACAUCAAAUGCAGCAGCAACAACAGCAGCAACAGGCAGCUGCUCCGCAUCAGCACCCACAUCCACAUCCCCAUCCACGUGAACCGCCGCCACCGCCGAUCAGGCAGCCGCAUCUGCAUCAUCACAGCACGGACAUUGAACGCAUCGAUCCGGGCACCAAGUCGGAGGGUGAGGAAGAUUCGCAGCAGGGCACAAUCAGGCCCAAGGCCACGCUGGGCCGCACGCCCAAUCACCUGACGCUGAGCACCACAUCGACGCUCUCAGUGGGCAGCACUGGCAGCCAGGCGCGCUUGAUACAAUCAUCACAUCCGCCAGCCAGCUAUCAACCGGUGCUGAUGAAGGAUCUAGGUAAGAGCAGCGAGUCCGAAAUUGAAUCGGAAUCCGAGGCGCAUGCCGCCCAAGUGGCAGCCACAUUUAAUCUAAGUCUAGGCAGUAGCGGUAGCUUGUUUGCCACCACCACAACCAUCACCACAGUCAGUAGCGAUCCCGAUCCCUAUCCUCUAUCCCUCACUCAAACACAGACCCAGUCACUGAGCCAAACCCUGCGGCACUUGUCGCCACGCCAAUCGCCACGACAGUCGCCGAAGCAAGAGAUCGAAGUAAUUGAGAUCUUCGAAAGCGAGGCGGAACGCAAUGCGGCAUCUCAGCAGGUGGCUGUGGUGCAUCAGCAUCCCUCGGGUUCCCGCGACUCCCAACACAAGCGGCGCGAACGCGAACGAGACUCAAGCAGCAGCUCGGGCUGCUCGGAGCAUGUUGCCGAAUCGGAUGCCACCUCACGCUACAUGGACAAGCACCUAAGCGAUCUGGAGCAAGAGAAUCUGGCAGCGGGCACUUGUGACAUUGCCGCUUACAUGGCCAGCCUUCGGGAGAAAUCUUUCGACGCGGCUGACAUUGCCGAAGAAGCCGCAGAUCAGCAGCAAAACGACUCGAGUCUGUCGCCAGAGCCACAGACCAUUGUGGAGAACACACAGCAGACUGUCACUGUGGACAUUGAAUCGCCCUCACGUCCGGCCACCGAAUCGGACAGUACAGGAAAUACCACAGGACCUUCGGAGCGUUCGGGUGAUGAGACAGAGGACGAACCAACUAGCUCGCUAGCCUCGCACAUUGUGGUCAUCGACAAAAAAGUGGACAAGGUGUUCAAAGCCAAGUCGCCAGAGCGCGGAACAGCAGCUGCAGCAACUGCAACUGGCACCGUCAAAUCAAAGACCAGCAAACGACAAAGCAUCUACAUAUCCCCAGACCGCUGCAAGUCCCAAGGUAGCUCCCCGGUGCGCAUUAUCAAGAUCAAAUCACCCAGGAGCAGCGUUAGUGAGCAGGGCAAGCGGCUGAGCAUUUGCUCGAGUCGUGACAACUCGCAAGAUCGUCUGUCCGCUGGACGACGCACACCGAGUCCACGUCGCAGCUCCGAGGGUGGCGGCGGCAUAUUGAAGCACACAAAUACCGGCGGUGGCAUCUUGAAGCCACCCGCAAGUCCAGCGAAGUCAAAGAGUCCCGAUCGCAGCUGCCUGAAGAAAGGCGGACCUUCACACGUCUGCAGCGCAGAGCCAACUACAGCGGCGACCUCACUGUCGCCACGAAUCUCGCCCCGAAGCAGCGUGGAUCACUUGUCCCCAGAUCGUGCCAGCAUCUGUCAGCGUCACUCGCCGCGAAGCAGCUUCGAUAGCCGCGACGGUGGCUCCGAUCACAACCUGGAUGUGCCCUACGGUGGCUCAAGGAAGCGCAGCAUGUCUGCUCACGGCAGCUUCGAGACGGGCCACAAGCCUCACGCCCAGGAAACAUAUCAAUACUAUCCGGUCUACGACAAUCAGACCUGCAGCGAUCACUAUGUGGCCGCCGCACCCACAACAAAUCGCUAUGGCGGCUCCGGUAAUGGACGUAGUCGCUUGAGCAAGUCCCUAGAACGUUCGACCUCCAGGGACAGCACCACAAGCAGCUCCUAUCGCGCCUAUGGCGUCUCCCCCGAACGCAGCUAUGUCGUCUAUAGCUCCGGACCUUUGCGUUCCCAGUCGGCGGAGAACACUUUCUCGCAGCCCAUUUACGAUGCGUUGCCCCGACAGGCACCACAGCAAUACAUGCCGAUGACCAUGCCCAUGGUCAGCUACAUGCAGGAGAUGGACAUGGAUAUGGAAAUGGGCUAUGGACCGCCCCCCAGCUGUCCACAUGAACCGACCGGCCAGUCGUCGUACCAGCUGAGCUCCUCGGCACCCGAGUACACCACAUGCAUUGACUGUCUGUAUCAGAAGCGACCCUCCUAGCAUAAGUCCCGCGUGCGGCAAAGUCGCACGCGGAAGAAGACGCCACGUGGCAUGAGUGGCAUGCCAGGAAUGGGAGGAAUGACAGGAAUGACGGGCAUGGGCAACAUGGUGGUCAGCACACAGCCGACAGCAAGCGGCGGCAUGGGCUACAUGCCAGACAUGGGAGGUGAUCAAGGCGGCUGCGUUGAUUGCCACGAUUACUUCGAGAUACAUGUCUAAGCAAAGGGAAGAAAGUGAAUGAAAAGGAGUACGAGAAACUGAGACGGAAACAGGGAUUUUAUGAGACAGUUGAAUUAACCAAAGAUAACAGCAACCAAACAAAAAAAAAAAACAAAACAGAACAAGAGUAACCCGAAAUGCCUCAACUAAAUAAUUAUACAACAAAGGAAAAUAUGCGUAGUUCAAGUCUGGAAAAUAUUAGUCAACAAAUUAAAAUACAAAUAAAUAUACGUAAAACGCGAAAAUGCAAAACUAAACUGGAAAACUAAACAAAAUGUUAAUCACAAGGGAUUGAAAGCAAACUACUUGACACAAACACUAAACUCUACACUAAACUACAAUACAAAAAAAUGCACAGCACUAUUACACUGCACUACAAAACAAGACGGAAGCGAAGCACAGUUUAAUGAGUCAUGUUUAAGUGUUAGAUUAAGUCAGAAAGAGCAGCAGCUGCAGCUCCUAGCAAACAUACACGUAACAUAUACGACUACGCAUACCCUAACUUUCUAGUGGCAAAAGCGAGCUGGUUUUUGGGGAGGCUGACUGCCACGCCCCCCGCACAUUUCAGGUUAAUUAUUUCAGUUGCUAAGCGGCAGAGUUGCGAUGCACAAACAAAUGUGGCACAAGCAAAUGAAAUGUGCUGCAACGGAAGUUGUGCGUUCGGCAGCAAACCAAGCAAAAUUACGUAUACGCACAGAUGACGCAUACGCCGCGUUGCACACAAUGCUCAAGUGGCGUAAUUACGAGAAAGAGCAAAAGAGAGAGAAGAGAGAGAUGCAGCAAACUAAAGUUGAAAUUCAUACUCGCACUCAAGUAAACUAACUAGGAGACAACUUCACAAAAACAAAAAAUAAAGGCACAAGGCUGAAGGAUAUGCAUGUGUAGUCCUAUGUAGGGUAAAAGUUGUAGGUAAAAAGUCAGCGGCCCAACUAUUAGCCGAGCACGUAAAACUGUGUCGCUGCCAUUUCCGAAUCGAAAACAUUUUUAAUUACACACACACACACACACAGAAAUACUUAUACACUUGCAGCUGCUGCUCGUAUGCGUAUUUAAGUUUAAGGUCUAAGUGAAAAUGCGGGUUGGCAACAUUCUAUAGGUUAACAUUAUACACACACUACCUAAGCAAAAAAAGAUCUGAAAUCGAGACAAAACAAACCAAAAAUCAAAAACAAAAAACAAAAAAGGGAAAUAUUUACAUUUACUCGUAGUUAGUUAGAGAAAAUUGUCAAAAAUGUGUGCGCGGUGUUGUGACAAAUAAUUUGCAUAUAUAUAUAUAUUAUAUAUAGUAUACUAUAUACGAAUUGAUUCACGUGAUCUCAUUUCAUUGAUUUGUAAUUCCAUUUCGAUUCACAUUGAGAACUAG